AUGGCAGAUGAAAUUGUUUCUCGAUAUGCUAACCUUCAUCUGGAUGAAGAGGAGGGUGGCGUUGUUGACUUAGGUGUGGUGGAAUCUGAACAAUUGACGGAGAAGUUUAAUUUGAUGCUAAUAGGCAGACUCGUAACUAAUAGACCAUAUAACGUGGAGGCGUUCAAAUCGACGAUGAUUAAGGUUUGGACCCUAUCGAACAAAUUGAUUAUUAGAACUUUGAGCCCUAAUCUUUAUGUAUUCCAAUUCUUCCAUUGGAGGGAUAAGGAGAAAGUUUUGACGGGUAGACCAUGGUGUUUCGAUAAUAUGUUACUGGUGCUCAAAGAGAUUGAGGGAGGCGAACAACCCGAGCAAGUGUCUCUGUUCCAUUCCCCUUUUUGGGUUCGACUAAGAAAUUUGCCAUUUAAUUGUCGAUCGGAUAAUGAUGUGCGUGAGCUGGUGAUAAAUUUGGGGGAUUUAAUGGAGAUUGAAAAAGAUGUUUUGGGGCUUGAUCGGUUUCGGAGAGUGAGGGUAAUGAUUAAUGUGCCGAAACCAUUAAGAAGAUAUCAAAAAAUCAGAGAUAAGGGAGGCAAAGAGGCUAUUGUUGAAUUUACAUAUGAACGCCUUCCUUUUUUCUGUUAUGCGUGUGGUGUCAUAGGCCAUUCGGAGCGAGAUUGCGCGAUGAUUUCUGAAGAAGCCAAGAAGAAGCAGUUGGAGUGGGGGAGAUGGCUUAAGGCAUCUCCUAGAAAGGGGAGAAUGAAGGAGCUAGAGGAGGUGGAGGCGGUUUUAUCAACUCGAAAACAAUUCUUUAUUACUCGACAUAACAAGGUGGAGGAUGAUGAAAUUGCUAAUAAGGAAGUGCAGGAGCUUGAUGUGUUAGAGGGGAAUGGGUAUUUUGAGCAGCCUGGUUCGAUGAGUAGGAAGAAUAAAGAGGUUUAUGGGGAAGUCACCUCUGACGUGCAUUCGAAGCCCUCUUGGAAGUGA